AUGAUGCAUGACUUACGCUUCGACACUGUGUUGAAGCGAUUCUUGAUCGAUCUACCAACCUUCCAUGAUUACCAGCUUACCGAGGAGGCUAAGAAGGACAUCCGAAGGGCGUUAUUUGUCUCAUUAUCGAAUAACGGUCAAUGUCUCGAGUGGCUUUUCCCUCAGCUUUUCUCUUGCAAUACCGAUCGUGAAGUUGCAAUUGAGACCUUAGAAAACGAUCUCAAUUGGCUGUACUCUGAAUACUAUUCCAAUGUCUCCAAGAGCAGAGAUCCAACACAUAAUACCCAUAAUCACCAUGCAUUCCAUUCCAAUUCUCCAUGUGCCAGGAUAUUUCGUCGUGGAGAACCAAUUUUCAAAUGCUUAACAUGUGGCUUUGAUGAAACAUGUGCUUUAUGUUCUCAUUGCUACCAGCCUGAGAAUCACAAGGAUCAUGCCGUUCACAUCACUAUCUGCCAACGUGAAAAUGGAGGCGUCUGUGAUUGUGGUGAUCCAGAGGCUUGGGUUAGUCCCUUUCUCUGUAAGUAUGCACUGGAAGAUGGGAGCUAUACAAAUUUUAGUUCCAGAGAGGUACCAGAGGAACUUCAGUAUUCCUUCUUUCGAACGAUUGAGAUAUUCCUAGAUUAUGUUAUUGAUGUAAUGAGUCAAGCAGAUUUACAAUUCUAUUCUCCAUGGGAGGUGGCUACAAAUCCGGAAAAAUACUCUGCUAACUGCAACUUAGAUCCGAAAAAGUACGGUUACGAAACUUUAAAUGAUUCAAAUUAUGACAAGCCAAGUGAAAAAUAUAGCUUGAUAGCUUACAAUGAUCAAGUUCGUCAUUUCAGAGAUGCAGUUCAGAGGAUCCAUUUGGCAAGUAAAAAAGUGCCUGAGUUCGCAACAAUGGUGGCCGAAAAAGUUCAGAACCAUGGAAGAGCAACGGUGAUAAGAUCAAGAGACGUCAGUUUAUUGUUUGAUCGACAGAAAACACUUAGUGCCACUGGUCUUGCCUCAUGUAUCCGAAAUGCAAGAGACGAAUUCAGAGAGGAUAUGUGUCAUGAAAUGAUCUUAUGGCUUGGAAGCCUCACUGAGAGUGAAGUGUUUAAGUCAAAUGACACUUUGAAGAAUCUAUUUUGUCGUGCUUUUUGCUGCCGAUGGGAUAAAGGUCUCUUAACCAACCUUUCGAAUCAUCAAGGGGAGUAUUGUAGAGGGAAACUCGAUAGUUACUUCCUCAUUCCCAAAGUUGACUGCUGUACAAACUUGAGUUUGCAAAAACAGCAUUGGUCAUUUACUCCUUCACUAUGGAAUCUUCCUCAACAAAUAUGCGAGGACUGUAAUUACAAUCUCAGUCUCGAUGAUUAUCAAUUGGAUAGCGGCCAUUUGGGGUCCAGAUUUCAAUACAUGGUGUACCUUGACAUCCGUUUCUGGAAGUCAAUUCGCAUGUUUCUUCAUGAUAUGUACGCCACUUCACUCAUUACUAAUUUGACAUUCAAGGGAAUUAUCAGCUGCCAGUAUGUGGAUAUUUAUCCAACUAUAGCGGACAUGUUUUUGACUCUUGACGGGGAACCAGAAGUCAAUAUUAUGUGUACUCUUUCCACGCAGCUUUUUACAUGUCCCUCGAAUUCCACCUCAAUUAUUGCUCAUGGUGACGUUUCUCGGAUAUUUUCAUCUAUUUACAACUUCUUGAAGACUGGACAAAUUAAGUCAUCGUCAUCAUUGCCGCUUGAUGAUAAUAAGAUUUUGAUGUCAAGUUUAAAGAAUCGCAGAUGGGGCCAAAUUUUUUUUGAUAUUGGUUACAUAUUGAGCCGUGGAAAAGAUAGGGAAUUGAUUCUUACGAAUAGUAUUAUUCCCAUGGCUUGUGACAUCCUUUCUUUGUUUCAGGGAAGGCCAGUGAUGAAAAGAGAAAGGGAAAGCCAUGUGGAAUACGAGAGUUCUGACUACACUGCGUUUUUCCAUGCCAUCCCCGUUAUUUUCCAAUUUGCCGAAUACAUUGCUCACUCUGUGACUAAUUUGGACCCAGCUGAGAGAGAGAAGAUUUCACACAAUGCGAUUAGCUGUGUGACGAACUACUUGCUUCAACUCGAGGUUUGGGAUCAUGAGGGUAUUUUGACAGACUAUAAUGACGUCGAUUACGGUCAAAGAUCAAUUGAUGUCGACAGCGGGGACCAAGAUUUCAAAGUCAGUCUUUUGCAUCCUAUACAUUCAUUCCUAUCUUGGCUCAUAGAGUUCUCCAAUUUUGAUUCUUUGGACAAAAUGUUAAGCAUAUUUAAAGACUCCUACCACACUUACUGUCUUGCUAAUAGAGUAUCAGAGGUCGCAGAUUACGACUUUUCGAGAAUUUUUGAAUAUCCAGUUCGGACGGUGGUGCUUUCAUCUCAAAUUAAAUCUGGUUUCUGGGUGCGCAAUGGUUUUAGCGUCAGGAGCCAGCUUCAACUUUACAAGAACACUGGCCUCCGUGAACAAGGCUACAUGAGAGAUUUGUUCUUGAUCCAGGUGUUUAUGAUCAGUUCAGAUUAUAAUACCGUUAGUGAUCUUUUCUUGAAGAGAUGGUUACUUUCUGAAGGCUGGAUCACAAACACAGAUAAUUCUAAAGUUGCCUACGAUCUGAACAUCUUGCCUUACAUUCUUGAGGAGUGCCUUAGUUUCUUCAUUCACGUUCUUACAGAAGACGUAUUCUUAAGACAUUUGAGCAGCGAAGAGACAACUCACUUGAGGGUGAAAAAUGAGAUCAUUCAUAAUUUGUGUUUCGGACCUAUGAGUUUUUCUCGGCUUUCAUCUCAAAUCCCGGAACAUAUCAGCUCGGAAAAGAGGUUCGACAUGAUUCUAGAGGAGUUGACAAACUUCAAGAAACCAAAGACUUCUAAAGACACGGGAACCUACUCUUUGAAAGAGCAGUAUUUGGAUGAAAUUGAUCCUUAUUAUUUUAAUUAUUCAGCUAACAAGAAGGAUGAUGCAAUUAAAUUUGUCAAAGACAGAGUCACAAAGUCGACCACAAAUCAUUUUCACGAAGCUGUUAUCAAGCCAAAGAGGAGAAAUGCUACAGAGCUCGGAAUUUACAGACAUCUCGGCAACUUUACAACUUCUAGAUCAUUUGUUGAGUUUCUUAUUAGAACUUUGAAGUUUAUAUUUGACGAAGGAGUACACAAAAUGGAUGGUCUCUUGGAAACAACUCUUCAUCUCAUCCAUAUUUGUUCUAUGGAAGAAAUGAUCGAUACCGAGCUGUGUGGCACAUUUUUUGCUAGGUUUUGUGACAUCUCACAAACUUUCCAGACUUCUCUUGCUAUUCAGUUGUACCACAUCAUUUCCAUUGAUGACUUUAAAGCACAUCAUUCCAAGAUUAGAGAGAUUUUCAAGGUGCUCGAUAAGAAGCAUCACACUUUGGUGAAGAUCUUGUCUGGUACAUGCAAUGAUUUCAAUCCAUCGAAGUUGGAACUUGUAACGGAAGAAGGCGUAUGUGAGAACGAAUUGGAGAGGAAGAAGAGAGUUGCCAAGGAACGACAAGCGAAACUAAUGGCAAAAUUCAAGAAACAACAGAGCCUGUUCAUCAAGAAGAACAAUUUUUGCACAGACUGCAGCGAUACUGAGAUGGAAGAACUAGAGGAAGAAGGUUGGAAAUUUCCUGACCCUCAUUGCAUUUUAUGUCAGGAUACUGCUCAAGAUGCUGGCCCAUUUGGAAUCAUAACUUUCAUCUCAAAGUCAUCCGAGUUUAGAGAUGUGCCUUUCGAUGAUCCCUAUUGGUUUCUUAAGUCAUUCUCAGACCACUCUAACCUCAACGAAACUGAGAAUGAGCAUUACGUCCCCGAACACCAUAGUGAAAAAUGGGAACAUUACAUGAAGAAAAUCGACGAAGAUUAUGUUAUUGGUCCCGGUUUCAGCAAUCAAAGACUUGUACAUAAUAAAUUGGUUUCUCUGACUUGUGGCCAUGGAAUGCAUUUUAAUUGCUACAUGCAAUUUCUCUACAGCAGCCGAACCCGUCUGAGUCAGAUCACAAGGAACACUCCAGACAGCAUUGAACAUAGGGAGUUUUUGUGUCCCUUAUGUAAGGCCAUCAACAACAUGUUCAUUCCUAUAUUGUGGUCCUCAAAUGAUAGAUCUCUUGAAAGAUUUAUCACACCUUCCACUGUUCCCAAUAUUUUUGAUGGUCUACUGAGUCAGAAGAUUCAUGAGAACGAAUGGCUAAAGGAGUUUUGCAGGACAGCCUCCGCAGAUUUGGAGCAGAUAUCUAUUCUAACUCCUAGUGCAAAGGAAAUGAUAAAUUCAGAGUCAACUGCAAGCACUAUUCAGUUUAGAACUCUACUAUCCAACAUGUUCCACAUUCUAUCGUCGCUUACUUUUCCUCAAAUUUUCAAAGCAGAUUCACCGGAUAUUUUGAUUAAUAGCAUCAAGUCUACGGAAAUCUCCUUGAGAGGGGUGAGCUCACACUCAGCGCUUUUAGUUGAUCAAAUCUCUAAUAACACCUUGAUCAAUCUCAGAGCGCUCAAUGAAUUUAGAAUCACAAGCUUACUUAUGAAAAUCUCGAAUUGGCUCCAAUUACCUUCUAAUCGUCCGGAUGCACAUGUCAAGAUCUUAGCAAACUUAUUUGCAUUAUCUUCAGACUCUUUCAACUCCAGUAUACUUAACUUGGACUUCUUUUCGUUGCUUGUGAACAUUUUCCCCUUACCUUCAACAGGAUUCUCAUUUAAUGCAAUUUUGUCUGCAUGCUUCACAGGCUCUAUUAUUCAGAAUUUAUAUCUUAUUUCGACCGAAAUUGUGUCUCACAAAUUCUACUUGGAAGGGGAUUACAAUAUUCUUGAUGUUCCUUUUUCUGAGAUGAUUACAGAGGCUGAUGCACAAAGGGUGUUAACACUUUUCAAGAAGUUUGUUUUACCAGCACAUGACAUUUCACUUUAUGCGGGCAUUGUAUCUGAUCCAAAAUUUGGAUAUGUGCUCUUUUCUAUGUUGAUGAAGUCCAUUAACCCAUUUUUGAGACAAUCGGCAAUUUAUGCAUACGUUUGCUGCUCCAACAUGGAAGGAGUGAGAUUGGGCCAAUCUCUCGAUCAAGUUUUUGAGUCCGAUGCACUCUGCCAGUUCUUAAACUUGCCCACUUUAAGUGAAUCUCUUUGUCGUUUAUGCUCAACAAGCAGUAAAGAGGAGUUACCUUUCGAAGCAAAAAAAUUGAGCUCGUUUCUUAUGUACAUCAAAAGAUCGGCUGCAAAGGUGUCUAAAGAGGAUCACGACAUAAGAAAGACGAUUGAGUACCCCGGGAUAGUUCGGUUGGCGAAACUCCCCGAAAGGCUUGAUAACUUUUUCACGAGAUACUAUUAUCUGGACAAGUAUAACAAUCCAAACUUAUCGAUUGAGAAUCCUGCUAUCUGCUUAUUUUGCUGCGAGGUUGUCGAUGUUCAAAAGGGUGCUAUUGGAUCAGACUUUGGACAAUGUACUACUCACUAUUUGAAGGAGUGCUCAAAUAGUGUUGGCAUAUUCUUGCUUCCCAAGGAACGUUGCCUUUAUUUAAUUCACAAAAAUGGAGGCUCAUUUCACGAUGAGCCUUAUCUUGAUCAACAUGGGGAGAUACCGGGAGAGAACAAAAAGGGGAAAACUGUAUACUUGCUGAAGGAAAGAUACGACGACUUUACAAGAAAUGUCUGGUUGCAGCACAAUGUGCCCAAUUAUAUUGUGCGAAAGCUCGACAGUGUGAUUGAUGCUGGAGGAUGGGAAACUCUCUAG